CCACGAGUCACUCCAGUUUCGAGCAGGAAGUGAACCGCGCAGUUCCCCGCGACAGCCUCUCAUCAAUACGGCUUUCAUGGCGUCGGUACCAACGCACCCCCGGUACCUCAUGGUACUCAGCAUCUUUCUCUCGUUGCUCAAAGUGUCUGCAGGGCAGAGAGGGGAGCCCCUUCUGGUCCGGCUGCAGGAGGGCAUGGUGCUGGACUGCCGGUGUCCCUGGAACGGCAACUUCAGCAUGGUGACCUGGACCAAGAGCCCCGACAGGAACAACCCCAUCGCCAUCUUCCACCCGGUCCACGGCAAGACCUUCUCCUGGCGCUACAGCCAGCGGGUGGAGUUCCCCAGGGCGGAGACGAUGGACGGCAGCAUCGUUCUGAGGAACAUCACGCACCAGGACCUGGGGGUGUACCACUGCACCAUCACCACCUUCCCCCUGGGCUCCUGGUCCCGCGACGUGACGGUGGAGGACCAAGACGACCCCCCCGAGGAGGAGGAACGCUUCACCGACCCCCCUGGCCCCGCCCUCCCCCCGGCGGCCGUGCAGGUGACAUCGAGGAGCGGCGACGGCGUCAGCCUCCCCUGUUCCCACGGCGACGGCGGCCACGACAACAGAACGGCGGCGGUCUUGCAGGUCUUUGUGGAGCGCUACGUCGAGGGGGACCCGGACCUCCUGUGGAGCUCAGUGGCAUCGGGGGGGGCUUCUGGGGAGGAGGAGGGGGAGGGGGGGGAGGAGGAGGGGGAGGGGGGGGGGGGAGGAGGAGGGGGGAGGAGGGGGAGGGGGAGGGGGGGGGCCAGGGUCAGGGUGAACUGCACGGAGGACCUGUCCGCCUGCAGCCUGAGGAUGGAGGGCGUGACCCCGGAGGACGGAGGGCUCUACCACUGCCGCUUCGUCACGGCCACUGGGGAGACCACCGCCACCGUGACGCUCACCGUGACCGACGCAGGUGAAUUCAGGAUGUCUGAUUAUGUGAAGUAUCUUUACAUCGGAGGCGGUGCCGCCGGCUUCCUGCUCCUUCUCUCCGUGUUCCUGGUACUACUGACCAUAUACUGGAGGAAAAAGAGACGAGAGGAAAGCAGAUUGAAAGGUCGAUCACGGAAGUACGACUGGCAACCGGCCAAUCCUGUGCCUUCUAACUCCUUUCUAACGCUCCCGCUGUCCAACCAGCAGGGGGGCCCGUUGGAAACGAACAACUACGUCAGCCGCCAAAGGAAGGAGGAGCCAGUGUAUGGAAACGUGCCCUCGGCACCGCGACUCGCACUCGCACGAAGCCACAAAGCUGCUCGUUAACUGAACGUGUGUGUGUGUGUGUGUGUGUGUGUGUGUGUGUGUGUGUGUGUGUGUGUGUGUGUGUGUGUGUGUGUGUGUGUGUGUGUGUGUGUGUGCGUGUGCGUGCGUGUCAUUAUUGGAUGUAUAAAGCAUUAAAUUGUCCUUGUGAGCAGAAACGGAGGGGAUUACAUUGCUUAAUGCUGUGUUUAUUAUUUUUCUACUGUGAGUUAACGUAACUAUUGCUUUGUGAUGUAUUCUACUUUAAGACCACAUAGUACUAUGUAUGUCAUUAUUGAGUAGUUUUCCUUAAGGAUUUUAUUUAUUUCUGAUUCAUGUUUUUUACAACAUGAACAACCCUAGACAGCAUAACUAUUCCUCUAUGAUUCAUUGUUUAAUUUUAUUUCGUUAUUCUGUUACGACCACAUAGCAGAACUAUUCCUCUCCAUCCAUGGUAAUCCUACGUUACCGAACGAGGCGUGUUGAUUUAUCGUUCAAACAGAGGAGCUACUGUUUGUCACCUGUUGUUUGUUUCUCUGGAUGGGAGAUGGUUGUUACUCCUGCUGCUCCAGCCAUGAAUCAAAUGUCACCCGGCAGCAUGAAGAUCAUCAAGAGUUAUUGGAUAAAACUAACAUUUUUUCGCAUACAAGAAAAAGGCUAAUUAUCACAAAAUAGGCAUUCAGAAGAAUUCCCUGACCCAAUGUAAUUGGAUUUUAUUGCUCGUAAAGGUUUAAACAUUAUUUAUAUGCAUGUGGUUCGCAAUAAAAGGCACACACACCAGUCUUUAUAUUACUAUGGGAAGUCUGAUUGGCAGACUAUAGCUGAAAUGUUUGAACGGCAUUUUACUGUCUUUACCUUCGCUUGUUUUUCCACCAAUCGCAUCGAUGGAGGCGAGGAUCCGGACGUGGUGAUUGGUGAACACAAGCUAAGGCAGCAUUAGCUUACUGUUAAAAAAGUUUUCUGGAAGGGUUUCCCCAUAAACAUAGUGUAGACUGGGUAAUCUGUAUAAUCUAAUUAAAAUCCUCCUUAAAUCGCACAAAUUAGUGAUUUUUGUGACACCGCAUCGAAACAAGAAGUAACUCGCCCCUACUGUGUCUGGUUUUCGGUCUGGUUUCUCUGCACUGCCCCCCCCCCCCCCCCCCCCCCCCCCUCUAUAAAAUAGGACUUCCUGAUCUGGGAUUACCUAGAAAUGAAGGGGUGAAGAAUCAUCAGGCAGCUGAUAUGACGGCCAAGAAGACGGACAUGCCAUUGGGGGAGAAUGCAUCAUAGUUAUUUAUAUAAUAUGUUACAAAAUGUUGUCGCUGUUCAUUUGAUGUUCCAUCAAUGGUGUUGACUCCUUCUAUUAAUGUUUUGUUUGGCUUGGUUGUAUGUGCAAUGAGGCACAGCUAAGACUGAAAAUAAAUAGCCUACAUUCGA